AUGCGGGUAGUUGAUGUUGUGAGCUUGCACUUUAGGAUGUGCAAUGCUAGUAAAGAAUUGCGGCAGAGAGUGGCUAUCACAGCUGAGCACGAUGAGCCAGUGGUCCUUGUGAUAGAGGCUGUUGGAGCUUUGGUUGAGGCUGUCGUAUAUGCGGAUGAGCCGAUGGUAGGAGGUGAUGUACAUGACACUAGGGCAGACACUCCUACAAACAUAGGCGCACAGGCUGUUGAGGAUGAGCCUGAGGGAUUUCUGGGUGGUCCGAGCGACCUAUCCAUGCUGACCGAGUAUGCGGAUCAUGUUGCAGACAGUGUAUGGACGAGAGAGGAGCGGCCUGAGUUGAAGCUAUCCUCUCAUGGGAGGAAGGUGCAUAGUUUAGGUAGGCCUGUCCCUGCCAUUGAGGGGCUAGUUGUUGGGACAGGACUAAGUCCUCUGAUCAUGUGUUUGGUAGACACUGGCGAUCGGGGACUUUUGUCUUUGUUUGUCGAGCGGUGGCACCGGGAGACGUCUAGUUUCCAUCUCCCUAUGGGAGAGGUGAUGAUCACGCUGGACAACAUCUCAUCUCUUCUGCAUCUGCCCGUGGUUGGUGACUUGCAUGCCUUUCAGCCCUUGCAUGUGGAUGAUGCGGUACAGAUGCUGGUGGACUUAUUGAUGGUCUUUGUAGAGGCUGCCAGGGCUGAGACAGGGCAAUGUCAUGGACCAUACAUACGCCUGCAAUGGAGUGCAACCAAUGUUCAUGUUGUGUUUUUGGAGGCCCUUCGUGACCUUAGUCAGACCGGGAGGUACGCUUGGGGAGUAGCUGUGCUGUGCUGGAUAUACGAGCACUUUCCCUCAGUUGCGGAGUCCACUGCUGAUCCGGACUAUGACGAGGAUUCACCGCGUGCCUGUAGGUGCAUUGCUACGAAGAAGAUUCCAGAUGUUUGUUGGAUCCCAUAUGGGGAGCACCGACUGGUUUGGGACUUCCAUAUGAUUUCAUGUUAUUCCAAUCUCUUGCGUUGGGGGCCUGUUGCUGUGUAUUACCGACCAGAGAGGGUCAUGCGGUAG